UAAGAGUCACAUAGGCUCACAUACAACAUAACAAGGGAAAAUCCCCACUAUGUCACAAUGCCUACAAAAAGCAUGAUGUUUAGGCUGUUGGUGUUGUGAACGCAAUGCCCAGCAUGCAGACCAGGAUUGUCUCAUUGUUCCUGUCUGGCUGUAUCCAUCUGUCAUUUCUUGAUUUAUAGAUCGUGAGGUAGGUUUUGUGUUUGUACAGUACCUUGCAUAAUGGGCCCCUGGUCCUGGGCAUGCUGAGAUAAAAGAUUGCCUGUCAACAGCCUCUCUGAGGCUGAACUCCUAAUAAAAGGGUGAUUAAAAGACAGACCUGGAAAGCCCCAAAAAAGGGGAUUAAAGAACCCUGGGGAAACUGAGGCAAGGCAAGUGGUGCCACCGUAAGUGCUAUGGAGGGAGACGCUGCCACACCACCUUAGAGAGAUGGGCUCUAUUCCCAGCUUCGCUUUAAGUGCCCCUAGCUUCCUACCUGUACAAUAGAAAUGAUGCUAGUCACCUCCCCUAGCUAGAGGGCUGGGAAGCGGAUGGAAAUAUUAGCAGCAAACAAUGGGCGAAGCUUGAACUCCUGAUCCCUGGCUCCCAGCCCCUGAGACGAGUCUCUGUGGCUUCAAGUCAGGUCGCAGUGGGCCCAGGCUGGCUGGUUGCGGUGUCGGGCUCGGGGGCUCCAGGGACACGUUUCACGCGGCUCCCCCUCUCCCGGGGUUGAGGUUUUAGAACCAGGGGAGGGUGAGGAGCCGAACCUCGGGGACCCCUCGACACACGCUGCCGGGCCCUCAACUGGCCUCGUGGUGUCAUAUGACUUCCUCCCAUGAGUCCAGCUAGCUGCCCAGGUGCCUGGGUCAAUCCCCCGCUGCUGCCAUUUACGCCUCGCUCCCUAACACUGGCCCCGCCGGCUCCUCAGAUUCCCUUUCCAAGCCAGGCGAGCGCCGUGAACAGCCCCGGACUGGGGCCUAGCCGGGACCGGAAGGAGUCAUUCAUACUCCCGGAAGUAAUUCUGAACAGGGCCAGAGCCAAACGCUACCGAAGCUGAUGUUGAGUGGGCCGGAAGUAACUAUGACAGAUCGGAAGGGACCCUACGCGAUCCCGGAAGUGUCCCGGCGCGGGGAACGGAAGAGAAGGCCGCGCUCCCCGGCGAGCAUCCAAGAUGGCGGAGGUGGGGGAGGUAACCGAGGGCUGCCGCCUGCCCGUGUUGCGUCGCAACCAGGACAACGAAGAUGAAUGGCCUCUGGCUGAAAUCCUCAGUGUUAAGGACAUCAGUGGCCGGAAGCUUUUCUAUGUUCAUUACAUUGACUUUAACAAGCGUCUGGACGAAUGGGUGACCCAUGACCGGCUGGACCUGAAGAAGAUCCAGUUCCCCAAGAAGGAAGCCAAGACUCCCACCAAGAAUGGGCUGCCUGGCUCCAGGCCCAGCUCCCCAGAGCGGGAAGUGAGGAAGACCUUGGAUCUGUCUCUACAACCUGCCUCAACUCCAGCCAGCGGUAAAACCCUGCCCAUCCCAGUGCAGAUAACGCUCCGCUUUAACCUACCCAAGGAGAGGGAGGCUGUUCCCGGGGAGCCUGACCAACCCCUCUCCUCCAGCUCCUGUGUCCAGCCGAACCAUCGGACAACGAAGCGGAAGGUGGAGGUGGUUUCCCCAGCAACCCCCGUCCCUGCUUCCACAGAGACCACUCAAGCCUCUGUUUUCCCCCAGAACGGCUCAGCCAGGAGAGCAGUGGCUGCCCAGCCUGGCAGGAAGAGGAAAUCCAACUGCCUGGGCACAGAUGAGGACUCUCAGGACAGCUCUGAUGGCAUCCCCUCGGCCCCGCGCAUGACGGGCAGCCUCGUGUCGGACCGCAGCCACGACGACAUCAUCACACGCAUGAAGAACAUAGAAUGCAUCGAGCUGGGCCGGCACCGCCUAAAGCCCUGGUACUUCUCACCCUACCCGCAGGAGCUCACCACCCUGCCCGUGCUGUACCUCUGCGAGUUCUGCCUCAAAUACGUCAAGAGCCUCAAGUGCCUGCAGAGGCACCUAACUAAGUGUGACCUGCGGCACCCGCCUGGGAAUGAAAUCUACCGCAAAGGCACCAUCUCCUUCUUUGAAAUUGAUGGGCGCAAGAACAAGAGCUACUCACAGAACCUCUGCCUGCUGGCGAAGUGCUUCCUGGACCACAAGACCCUGUACUAUGACACUGACCCCUUCCUCUUCUACGUCAUGACAGAGUAUGACUGCAAGGGCUUCCACAUCGUGGGCUAUUUCUCCAAGGAGAAGGAGUCAACAGAAGACUACAAUGUGGCCUGCAUCUUGACCCUGCCCCCGUACCAGAGGCGAGGCUAUGGCAAGCUGCUCAUUGAAUUCAGCUACGAGCUCUCCAAGGUGGAAGGGAAGACGGGGACGCCAGAGAAGCCACUCUCAGACCUCGGGCUCCUCUCCUACCGCAGCUACUGGUCCCAGACCAUCCUGGAGAUCCUCAUGAACCUGAAGUCUGAGAACGGGGAGCGCCCACAGAUCACCAUCAAUGAAAUCAGUGAGAUCACCAGCAUCAAGAAGGAGGAUGUGAUCUCCACGCUGCAGUACCUGAACCUCAUCAAUUACUACAAGGGCCAGUACAUUCUGACGCUCUCAGAGGACAUAGUGGACGGGCACGAGCGGGCGAUGCUGAAGCGGAUCCUGCGCAUUGACUCCAAGUGUCUGCACUUCACCCCCAAGGACUGGAGCAAGAGGGGCAAGUGGUGAGAGGCAGGGCCUAUCUGCCACCCACUCCCCCAUGGCCCUGGCAUGGGGCCUCACAGACAUCCAGCUAACGUGCAGCUCCUGGGAGUUUAUCCCAGGGCCGGGACAGACUGGGCAACAGCAUCUCCAAGGAUGAUCAUGUGCUCUGCCACAGGGCUAGGCUGGGGCUGCAUCGUUCUCCGGCCAUGGCUCAAGCCCCAUGGGAAGGGGCAGAGGCCCCCAUGCUGCUCUCCUUGUCUCAGCGCCAGGGUGAGGGCCCCAUUUGUGUGUAGGACUUGCAUCUUGCCAGGCCACCUUGUACAUUGUGGGCUGUGACUGAGGAGCCCAAAGGCUGAGAAUGGGUGGCCCUGGGCCCUCGGCAGCUGGCCAGCAUUUGCAUUUCUCUGUCACUCGAUCUGAGUUUUUGAUAAAGAU